GUUCUAUAGCCGUGAAACAAGUAAAGUUAAACCACUGAAAUAGAUCAAAAACAACUUGAUGGGGAUGGAGCUGUGUCAAGGACAGCCUCCUGCAGCUGGAACUUGUACAGACUUCAACAAAAUGAAUUCCAUAGCAGAAGCAACACAGGGAGGGAGGAGGGAGAGGAGGAGGCUGUAAGAGUUCACAGUUGUUCUUGGGUCUCUGCUGUUCAGAGCGAAGCAGAAAGUCCAAGAUACUGCAGGGCAGGUCUGGAAUUGGUUGGUAGAAGGACAAGUCAAUAGCGGUAACUGCUGAAGUCACUGAAUGGUGAUGUCAGAUUAACUAAAAAUCCAACAAGAGCAAAGGGACAUUUAUACCACAGGAUCUUCGUGCACAGCUGUAAACAAAAGAGAUGGAGAUAAGGUGCAAAGUCCUGGUGUGUCACAUCAUCCUCCUGCACAUACCUGCCAGCCAACAAAACCCAGAGAGUGUUGUGGUGUCAGUGACUAAUAUCAGUACUCAUGUUGGAGAUCAAGGUUUCCUGACAUGUGAGAGUUACAGAAUGGUGUGGACACAGGACAAUCUAAUGGACAGGCAACGUGUUGUUCACUGGGACCUGUAUAACAGUCAAGGGGUUUACCGCGGAGAGCGCCUCCUCGACAUGUUUUCUGCAGGGGAGCAGCGCAUCUACAAAGACUACAACCAGAGGAGAAUAUCAGUUUCAGAGUCAGCUUUCCAAGAUGGCAAUUUCUCACUGGUCAUCAAAGAUGUUUCAAUGAUUGAUCAAGGGCUGUAUUCCUGCAAUCUCCAUCAUCACUACUGCCACCUGGAUGAGACUGUCCGAGUUCAACUAAACAUUACAAAAUCAGAGCGGAAAGUGAAGAUUUACUGGGAUGGUGAGAAGAUCGUCAUUGUGGCUUUAGUUCAUUCCACGGUGCUUCUUCCUUGUGAAAACCACGAUCACAUGUGGACUGACCGGCACCGUGAAGAGGACCAACAGGUAGUCCACUGGGAUCGACAAGCUCCAGGGAUCCCUCAUGACCGGGCUGACCGUCUUAUUGACAUGUAUGCAUCAGGGGAGAGACGAGCUUAUGGGUCCCUCUUCCUCAGAAGAAAGAUGAAUGUGUCCAAUUCAGCCUUUUCACAAGGAGAUUUUACACUUUUUAUUCCAUAUUUAACACGUGGAGAUGAGGGCACCUACUCGUGUCAUCUUCACCAUCAUUACUGUGGUCUCCAUGAACGUAGGAUCUUCUAUCUCUCUGUGUCUGAUCGUCCCAAGACAGAAGAACCGAGCAAAACUAAUUCAGACUCUGCUCCAGCUAUAGAUUCCAAUGUAGUCCAGGAAAACAAAGUCAUCAAUGUUACCAUCCAAGAAAGCAGACUCCAUUUCUUCCAACAGCUUGGAUACAUUCUGGCAACCCUUUUGCUGUUUAUUCUGCUCCUUACAGCUGUGAUCCUCAUCACUCGCAAGCAUCAAAAAAGAGGGUAUGCAUAUAACUUGAACAAACCUCAAGGGAAAGAGGUUAACAUGCAGGAAAUCUGCCUCAGACCUCCUGACCUCAUACAAUACAAAAAGGAGGAGCUCCGAAUAGAUUAUAAAAAUAACAUUCUAAAGGAACGUGCAGAGAUGGACAGAGUUUUCGCACCAAAGAACAUAGACUUAGACCUGGAGCUUCGGAAAGAGUAUUGUAAAUAAAGGAAAUCAGAACAUCGCUGCUGGCUGGCCCAGGAGCUUACACUUCAUUUAUGAAGAAGAAACCAGGAUUUCCCAUUAUUCCCACUUAAGCUGUUGGUUGCUUUCCUGCAUUAGCUGUUUCCUUGUUGCAGAGCAUUAUUUUGGCCCAACACCAGUGGCAGCAACAAUUUCAAGGACAUUUUAACACGUUUCUUCUAUAAAGCACAGGAGACAGUAUUUAACCUUCUAGUUGCCUAGUAACUAUAGAAGUUUUGUAAUGAUGGCAUAAUUGCUGCUUUUCUAUCAUUUUAUGUAAACAGCAGGCAACAUUGUAUAUUUGGCUUUUCUUACCAUUCAGGAUAAAAAGUGAAAAUGUU